UUAUGGAAGUCAAAUUCCUGAUCGAAUUUCUCAAGUUCUAACUGUUAGUGAGCAAUCGUCAAAUACAGUUUUAACUUUAAUUUUCUCUAAAGAAAUAGAUAGAAAAAUUCAAACAGCAGUUGCUUCAUUGAAAAAUUAA